UAUAGGCACAGAGGGGGAAUAUAGGCCUAGAAGGGGAAUAUAGGCACAGAGGGGGAAUAUAGGCACAGAGGGGAAUAUAGGCAUAGAAGGGGAAUAUAGGCCUAGAAGGGGAAUAUAGGCACAGAGGGGGAAUAUAGGCCUAGGGUGGAAUAUAGGCACAGAGGGGGAAUAUAGGCCUAGAAAGGGAAUAUAGACACAGAAGGGGAAUAUAGGCCUAGAAGGGGAAUAUAGGCCUAGAAGGGGAAUAUAGGCACAGAAGGGGAAUAUAGGCACAGAGGGGGAAUAUAAGCACAGAGGGGGAAUAUAGGCAUGGAGAGGGAAUAUAGGCAUAGAAUGGGAAUGUAGGCAUAGAAGAUGAAUAUAGGCAUAGAGAGGGAAUAUAGGCAUAGACUGACUGAGUUUAGUUUUAUGCCGCUUUUAGCAAUAUUCCAGCAAUAUCACGGCGGGGGACACCAGAAAUGGGCUUCACACAUUGUGCCCAUGUGAGGAAUCGAACCUGGGUCUUCUGCGUGACGAGCCAACGCUUUAACCACUAGGCUACCCCACCGCCCAUAUAGGCAUAGAGAGUGAAUAUAGGCAUAGAAGGGGAAUGUAGGCAUAAAGGAUGAAUAUAGGCAUAGAGAGGGAAUAUAGGCAUAGAAAGGGAAUAUAGGCCUAGAGGGAAAUAUAGGCCUAGAAGGGAAAUAUAGGCACAGAGGGGAAUAUGGGCAUAGAAGGGAAAUAUAGGCACAGACGAUGAUUUAGGCAUAGAAGGGGAAUAUAGGUACCGAGGGGAAUAUGGGCAUAGAAGGAGAAUAUUGGCACAGUGGGGGUUCACAGGCAUAUAGGGGAGCUUAGCCAUAGAUGCAGAUGCUGGGCAAAGAGUCGGAUCUUAGGCAUAAAGGGGAUUUCAAGCAUAGAGGACGGUUAGGCAUAGUGGGGAUCCUAGGCAAAAAGAGGCUAAUUCUACUUAUAGAGGCGAAUCCUACUCAUAGAGGCAGAUCUUGGGCAUAGAGGCAGAUCCUGGGCAUAGAGGGGAGCUCAGGCUUACAACAGGAUCCUAUACAUACAGGGGACCCAUGGCAUAGGUGUGUGAAUGAGUACACCAGAAAUGGGCUCCACACAUUGUAUCCAUGUGGGGAAUCGAACCCAAGUCUUGGGCAUGACAAGUGAACACAUUAACAACUGGGCAACCCCACCCUUGAGUGGCACAGAGGGAUCCUUGGCAUGACGAAGCGUCUCAGUGGCCAGUCUCUGGAGCAUCCAUCGUCAAAAUGUUCAGAUGAACCAGCACAAGAACCAGUGAAACUCACAGGCCUCUGUACAAUGCAUGUAUAUCAUCCUGAGUCAGAGCUCAACGCGGACAUUGUACAAUAUAUCAUCCUGAGUCAGAGCUCAACACAGGACAUUGUACAAUAUAUCAACAGGUACUCACGCUGCAAGUUCUGUAUGGCCAUCUGUAUCCCUUUCCCUGGCAUGCCACGCCCAUCCAAUGGAAGACUGGACCCCAGGCGGCCUGGGGCUGGGGACUGGCCCCCUCGGGGACAUCCCAGGGCUGGGGCUGCCACUGCGGGGGCUGAAGUUGCCGGUGAGGGAAGAGUAAGAGCUAGCAGGGCUCAUGCCACGCCCCCUUUUCUCCGCCAUGUUGUUGUCAGUGAGAGUAGUGGAAAUAUGUACACAUGGUAGUCCUGCCUGGUGCUACUCUACACGGCUGAAACAGACAGGCUCACGUCACAACGAGCUACAACCACUCACAUGUCUCUCGGGGGGUUGGGAUAUAUACUACCCAUCAAAAGGUUAGACUCACUAGUGUAAAUGUAGCCACCAACUUCAGUCAACUGUUCCAAACUAGAUUUUGCAACAUAUUCCACACUGUUUAAAG